UGAAGAUGGAGAGACCCUCAGUUUCUGGUCUCCAGGAGAGACAAGGGAGAGAGAGAACUUCCAGCUGGUGAGUGGGGCACUCCCCUCACAUACAGGAGCACCUUUCUCCACCUACCCUGCAGUUAACCCCCUCUGAUCUCUGCUGCUCUCUGCACAUUCCAGGGAGAGACAUUUUUUCGACAGGAGAUGACUGUCCAGUAUGUCCAAUAUAAGGGGAUAAAGUUUCCCCCGGGAUAUAACUCUGUGGAGAGUCUUUCCUUUGCUGAGAACAAAUUUGAAGUGCAAGAUGAUGAUAUCUUCAACGUCACUUAUCCUAAAUCCGGAACAGUGUGGAUGACUGAGAUUCUCAGCCUGAUCCUCAGUGGAGGAGACCCUGCCUGGAAUCAAAGUGUUCUCAACUCUCUCCGCGCUCCUUGGUUCAGCACUCAGCUCGGCCUGGAGACAGCACAUGAUAGCCCAUCUCCACGCCUGCUCACCUGCCAUCUCCCCAUCCAGAUCUUCCCCAAAGCUUUCUUCACCUCCAAGGCCAAGGUGGUAUAUACCUCACGGGACCCACGGGAUAUUGUGGUCUCCUACUAUUACUUCACCAAGAUGUGCACCACUUAUGAGGAUCCCAAAUCCUUCAACCAGUUCCUGGACAGUUUUCUGAGUGGAGAUGUGCCUCAUGGAUCCUGGUUCGACCACAUCAAAGGCUGGAUGGAGCUGGAAGGCAGAAGCAAUAUCUUCUUCAUCAGCUAUGAGGAGCUGAAGCAGAACCUGCGAGGUACCGUGGAACGCCUUUGCCAUUUUCUGGGGAAAGAGCUGGACGAUGCAGCCAUCACCUCGGUGGUGGAGAACACCUCCUUCCAAGCCAUGCGGAGGAAUAAGAUGUGCAACUCUACAAUGCUGCCCAAGGAGCUCAUGGACCAAGAGAAGGGGACUUUCCUCAGGAAAGGCAUCUGUGGGGACUGGAAGAAUCAUUUUACUGUGGCACAGUCUGAGUACUUUGACAGGGUGUACCAGGAGAAGAUGCAGGGACUGAAUAGAAUCUUUCCUUGGGAACAAACUGGACUGGUAAAAAGCUCUUAACUUCUGGACUGAAAAGUUCUGGGCCUCAAGCCUGUCUUGAUGUUAUAUCUAAAUUGGAAGGGGCUUGUUGAGGUCGCUCAAAGAAGAGGAGAAAGAACUCUGCAAAUGCUCAGAGGCAAUGUACCUUACUAUUAUCUCACUUGGUUAAGGUAUGCUGUGACAUGCAGAUGAAAGGAUAAGUGUAACACAACUCCAAAAAUGUGAUAAAUGAUUCCUCUUAGGGGAAUAAAAAUAAAAAGGGGGGGAAAGCUUUUAAACAUGUGUUACUCUGACAGUCAUAAUAUGGAUCCUGCUUGAGGCUUGACAUACAUGACCGGACAACACUUGUGUAUAUAAGGAGCACAAACAGAGCAAAAUGCUGCAGACCCCACCUAUGCACAUUUGUCACCGCUUAUAGGUGAGGGUGGAGCCAGCACACUUGAGUGCUGGUGUGUGAAGGGUAUUUUAGGGGGGAAAGUAUUUCAUACCUUCGGAGGGUUACCACAAGUCAGAAGCAACUUGACAGCACAUAACAAACACGCACACCUUCUGAGAGGAAUCUGGGGGAUGAUCUGAAUAAAGAGGGGUGGAGAGGAAUGGACGGACCAUUGAGAGAGGAAAAAGUCAUGCAGGGCCUAAGAUCAGUGGGGGGCGGGGUGGGGUUGGCUGUUGUCCCAAUGGACGAGCGAGGGAGCCCUAGAGGAAGGAGGAAAAGUGAUAGGAAAGGGAAACUGUUGGAAAUAACCGAGUCUGCAGUGCCUACCAAACUCCUGCACAAGGCUGAGGAACAUGACAAGGUGCGGUGGGUCUGCAAUGGGGCCUAGAGAUCUCCCAGAAUCACAACUGAUCUCUAGAUUACAGAGAUCAGUUCUCCUGGAGAAACUGGCUGCUUUGGAGGUUGGACUUUAUGGAAUUAUACUCUGCUGAGGUUUCUCCUCUCCCCAAAUCCCAGUCCUCAAACUCCCCCCCCCCCCAUUUCCAAGAAGUUCCCAACUUGGAGUUGGAAACUCUAGCUGUUAUUGGCAGGAGAAAGGUGGGCAAAUCGGGGGUGGGGUGGUGAAUACUGGACCAGAGGGAUUAAUAGGGUAGAAGGAAGCUGAAUUUCACAUUUUCAUCCAACUAGUAAGUUUUUUAAAAAAAUACUAGAUUAAUCUUAUUUGUUCUUUUGGCUGCAUAUCUGGAACUUGAUCAAAUGGAGACAUUUGACUUUUCCUCACUUGAUGGCUUUUGGUCUCACAAAAAACUCCAUCUUGCCUGCCCUCCUUUCCUCUCAGACUUAGCUUGGUUGGAAAAUAUUUUUUAAAAGAUUUUCCUGGAAUAUAAACCUUGACUGCAAGAAAAACCUUGAGGAGCAGAGCCCCUCCACAGAUCGCGGCUGACACAAUGCUGGUCUGUGUGCGUGUGUCUGUGCGUGGCCCAGCUUUUGAUUUCUAGAGCAAGAGGGGCCAGCUCACCUGCAAGUCGCAACCUUGACCUGUUUGCUUAUAUCCCAGCUGGGAUUACAUAGUAGAGCAAAGGUAUGUCUUGCUCACAACCAGGAUGGUUAAAGACUUGUGAAAUAGAAGAAUUUAUACUUUUUGAAGAUAAUUCCAGAGGGUUAGUUGUGCUAUAGGACAAUCCUAAGAAUACUUUCCUGGGAGUCAGAAUAGAUCUAAGUGGGUGUCUGAGUCGAUCUGUGUAGGAUUGCUGUUUAGGAUCUGUUUAGGAUUGCUGCAGCAGAACCAAACCAAAAUUUUAUUCCAGCAAAUACUUUCAUGGACUGGGGUCCACUUCUUCCGAUGCCAUGUGUGCAUCCUCACUUAGGCAGGCCUUUUAUGUAGUUUAUUCUAUUUCCAUAUCUCCUCCAUAAAAGCCUUGCCUAAUGAGGAAUAAGUUCUGUGCUUUCUUCCAUCCCUCCAUCAGGACAGCGGAAGAAGACCUUCUUCCAGAGGGAGAUCUUGCUCCUUCCAGAGAAAGGAGGCUCCACGCUUAGCUGAGUUAGCAUUCAGACCGGAAUAGCUGGUCUAUGUGGACCUAAACAGGGCUCUUAAUUAUUUAGUAUUUAUAUAGAGCUUUCAGUCACUGUGUGGACAUGAUUUGGUAACAGACACAACAGCCCAGUAAUGUAGACCAGAAUUACUAUCACUAUAUUGGAGAUAGGGGACUGAGAAAGAACAGAUUGACUGGUGUGUUCAUGCCAUCCUCCAAUUAGGCUUGCUGGCUUCCAAGAGAUCUUCUGCAGUGAUGACUGAUCUCCACAUUACAGAGAUUGGUUACCCCAGAGAAAAUCACUGCUCUGGAGGGUGGAUUCUACGGCAUUAUACACUACUGGGGGUGAGGUCCCUCCUCUCCUCAAACCCUGCCCUCCCCAGGCUCCAACCUCCAAAUCUCCAGGAAUUUCCCUACUUGGAGCUGACAACCCUACCUCCAAUUGUUAUGGUCCUGUGUAUGCUUGCAUUACGUUUGCACAGAAUACUCAUUUAUUUUGAGGAUGUUUAUGCAUUUUUAAAGUGUACUAUGUACUUAAAUGUAAUAUAUAUUUAUGUUUAUGUACUUUUAAACUAUUUGCCUGUCUCAUGGAACCUAACCAAUGGUCAUUGAAAAUGGACCCUCUGUGCCCUCACAUUCACUAAAAAAGCGUAUACUACAGCACUAGAAAGACAAAAGCUUACUUCCCGCAAUUCAUUGGAUUGAGGACCUUAUAACCGUAUCAACCUUUGAAUGUAUCUCAUAUCAACAACAAUUGUGUACCAACUUAUUUUUUACAUAUUUGGAGAACUUUUAUAGAAGCCUAUGUAUAGA